AUGGCAGAACAGCUUAUGGAUCCAAGAAACCCCCUUUUCUUGCACCAUUCGGAUGGACCAGGGCUUGUCCUAACUUCGGAGCUUCUUGAUCACAAGAAUUACACCACAUGGAGUCGUGCGAUGCAUGUGGCUCUCUCUGUGAAGAACAAGUUACCUUUCACUGACGGAACCCUCUCGAAACCUGAUGUAGAAGAUCCUACUUUUGUUGCUUGGAAUCGCGGAAACAACGUGGUUAUAUCUUGGAUAUACAACUCUGUCUCAAAAGAAAUCAUUACAAGCAUUCUCUUUGCUACAACAACAAAAGAAAUUUGGGAUGACUUGAAAAACAGAUUCUCAAGAAAGAGUGGACCCAUAAUAUUUCAUCUAAAGAGACAAUUAAUGUCUCUUCAACAAGGUUCAGAUGAUGUGAGCACUUAUUAUACCAAACUGAAAUCUAUUUGGGAGGAGUUAGCAAGCUACAAACCAAACUUUCAGUGCACCUGUGGAGGGCUUGAAUCUCUUCAUAAACACACGCAGUCAGAAUAUGUCAUGUCUUUUCUCAUGGGACUCAAUGAUUAG